CUCUUUCCUUCUCUCUCGCUAUUAUGCAUGCUGUUAGAUUCUGGGUUCCUCUGUGAGCAAUCGUGUCCUGGGAUGGGAGGAUUGGUGAUCUAAACCCGAGGUAUUGGUGGGUUUGUUAGCGCUGUGCGUAAAUUGAGGCCUGUUGUGGGUUUAUCAAGUGAAUGUACACCGAUCAAGUGGGCAGCUUGGGUUUUGGUGGCGAGCGUGUAGGAAUGCAGCUCCGGAAGUGGCCAUCAUGGGUAUUCUCUUGAUGAGCAUUGUUUUGACUGAUGGUUUCUCUGAUGCAGAUGAGAAAUGGAAGCCUCGAGAUAUAUCCAGGCAUGAAGUUGUACUGGGUAAUCUACCAUGUGAGGAUAAAGGGGAGGUGCUAAGUUGAAAUCAUAUGUUGCUCCUGAUGAAUAGACGAGAGGAAUUAUGGACGCUGCCAAGGACUACGUAGCCGGCCUGACGGCCGGUGUAGCUACGGUGCUUGUGGGACACCCCUUCGAUACCGUCAAGGUAAAGCUACAAACACAGAAUACAGAUGCACACAACCAGAAGUAUCGAAAUGCUAUUCAGUGCACCUCUCAUAUUCUGAAAAUGGAAGGGCCCAAAGGGCUCUACAAAGGAGCUACAUCAUCGUUCGUCGGCGUUUCAAUCGAGAGUGCCGUUCUGUUUGGAGCUUAUUCACAAAUAAAAGCUACCCUGCAGGGCGACGAACCGCUGAAUGGGAAGCCGCCAUUGCACGUCGUUGUUCCUGCAGCAGGUCUUGCAGGCGCGGGUGUUGGUUUCAUUCUCUGUCCAACUGAACUUGUCAAGUGUCGACUUCAAGUCCAAGCGAAAGAUGUAAUAUGUGUACCUGGGCGAACCCAUUACACUGGACCUCUCGAUUGUGUUCGCAAAAUCCUUAAAAAUGAAGGAAUUCGUGGACUCUUCCGGGGAGGAACAGCCACAGUUAUGCGGGAGACAUUUGGCAACAUGCUGUUUUUUACCACUUACGAGACGACACGUUACCACAUGUUUACAACCCUUGGCCUUGAUCCAAACCGUGUCAAACCCAUCUCUCAAACACAUGAGGCUGCUCCUACCCAAUCUAUGGUGGUCAACACACUAUUAGAGACAGGAGUCGGCAUCAUCACUGGUGGAUUGGCAGGUGUUGCGUUCUGGUCGGGGGUCUUGCCAUUGGAUGUCGCGAAGACGAGAAUUCAAACGUCUAGGAAUUUGAGCAUUAGUCGGAGCCCUUUCUACCACUUUCAACUUAUUUACAAGCAGGCUGGCAUGCGAGGUCUAUAUGCGGGAGUAGGUCCUACUUUGUCUCGGGCUUUUCCAGCCAACGCAGCGGCUAUCGUUGCCUGGGAGUUGACUGCUCGUGUUCUUCACGCAUGAUGAUUGAUCCUUAUGUUGUCGUCGUCUUUGUUGAUGAUAUGAGCUCAUUUUUCUCACACCUUUCUGAAUGGUGUUGAUCCGGAAGUACAUAGUCGUAGUUUGCCACAAUUUAAUCAAUGCGCUUUGCAUGAGGAAUGCAUACAUCGUGGUCUUUGUAGCUGCGAAAGCGAAAACUGUACCCAAAGUCCCAGCGGAUUUGAAUGAUGAGUGCCCAUUCCAUUACCCACCUCUAGCUGAUUCCUGGGAUUUGCAGUGAUUAUGUGGGAACACGGUCGAAGAAAGAGAGAGAGACUAGCGCUAGACUCUAGCAUUGAUAAGUUGGGUUGAUUGCAGAGAUGCAGGAAACGCAUUGUGAAUGAUUGGACCCCUCCAAAUGCCUUUCAUGUCCUUGUGCUUCUGCAAGUUUAGGUGCCUUUGGAAAGAAUGCUUUCUUUAUUUCUAUGAAGACCAGAUAUUUCUCAAAAGUGAGAAAUUUACAACGAGAAUGGGAGUAACGUAGUUUCAUCUGUUCCAAAAACAGUUCUAAAUCUGUACACUUUCUAACAAAUCCCUUUUUUUCUUUUGUU